AUGGACAAGCGCACAACUACUUAUCAUCCAGUGCCUCGCGCCCCCCUCGGUGACAAGGGAAAGCGAGGCAACAGCGUACCUCCCAGAACCCGUUCCCAGGCUCCGAAGACCUACGAGAGUGACUGCAAAGAGAACGUCCCAAUUGUGGUCGCCGAAGAUGAACCGGUUCCUGGGAGGCCCAAAAAGGUAUCUCAGCCCGUGUCUCAGCCACCCGCCGACCCGCGCCUCUCCGCCGUGUCGCAAGCCUCCCGGGAACAGGAGGCAUCAAAGCGCGACUCGCAGACUUCCACGGCAUCCGCUUCGACGGCACGGUCCAGCGACUCCAAGUUGAAGACGCAUAUUGGGCCAUGGCAGCUUGGCAAGACCCUUAGCAAGGGCUCGUCGGCUCGCGUGCGGCUCGCGCGCCAUCGGCUUACCCACCAGUCCGUCGCUGUCAAGAUUAUAUCCAAGAAGUCAGCAUACCUGUCCCAAGCUGGCAGCAUCGCACAACUCGACAAGGUGGAGAAGGACUUGCCGGAAGAGGAGAAUGGGCUUCGCCGGUUACCUGUGACCGUGGAGCGAGAGAUCGCAAUUAUGAAAUUGAUCGAGCAUCCAAACAUCAUCAAGAUUCUUGACGUCUGGGAAAACCGAAAUGAAGUCUACCUGAUACUCGAAUACUGCGAGAGCAAGGACAUGUUCUCAUGGAUCAACCGAUAUGGGCAACUGAGCGAGCAUGACGCGGUCUACGUCUUUCGACAGAUGAUGUGCGCCAUGGAGUAUUGCCACUCCUUUAAUAUCUGCCACCGCGAUCUCAAACCGGAGAACAUUCUCCUCUCACAAGCGGGUGAAGUCAAGAUCAUUGACUUUGGCAUGGCUGCGCUCCAUCAAAAUGAUAAGAAACUACGCACUUCCUGCGGAAGCCCUCAUUACGCUGCUCCCGAACUUCUCAAGGCGAAGAACUACCGUGGAGAUAAGACAGACAUUUGGAGCAUGGGGGUCAUCCUGUUCGCAAUGCUGGCGCAACGUCUUCCCUUCGACGACCCACACUUGCCAACCAUGUUGUCACUAUCAAAGAGGGCACUCUACACCAUGCCUGAAAAUUUCAGCCCUGACGCCAAGGAUAUGAUUCGGCGUAUUCUUGUGACUGAGCCAGAUAAACGUAUCUCGAUCCGUGAGAUGUGGGAUCACCCACUGAUCAAGAAAUACGACAGGAUUCGUGGUUUCGAGGAGCAUCGGAAGCAGCCUGUUGACAUGAGGACGAGGUCAAAGGAUGCCCCUAUCAAUAUCCGCGAUAUCGAUCCCCAAAUUCUGCGGCAGCUGCGUGCUAUGUGGCACUCUGUUGAUGAGAAGGAAAUCAAGUCUAAGCUUUUGAGCAAGGGGUUCAAUGAACAAAAGCUGUUUUACCACCUUCUGGUCAGCCACCGAGACCGACUCUUGGAGAAUUACGACCCCGACUUGGCCCAUUCCACAAGUGACUACCAUCAUUUGCGGCCGCCGGCUUGGACAACACGCGUUUCAACUCGUAAAUUCCACGUCCAGGGCCGAACACCAUCCCGCUUUACAGUGAUCUCGACUGUCGCCGAUACCGAAGCUAGUGGCACGGUCCGCAGCUACGAUCCAUAUUAUGCCUCCCGCAACCUGGCACCUGGCCAAGCGAGUCACGCGAGGAUCGUGGUUCAUCGUGCUGGCAGUCUGGAGCCCGGAAAGGCGAGGAGCGUGGCUUCCGGCUCCGUUCCAUCCAGGAUGGGUACAGGAUCUUCAUCGGUUGCAAGGAAGAGAUUGAAUACUUCGCUUCGCUCGCGUACUGUGAGCUAUGCACCGUCACAGCGCAGCUCAAUGAGUUCAAUCCGCAGCAGUCGUCAAGGUACCGCGAGCGUGUUGGUCAAGCCUCGACAUAAACGCGGCGUGAACUUUUCCAGCGUCCGCAAAGGCGCCCCAUCAGCUGAUCAACAAGGUAAUCGCCGCAGUAUUGCUGCGUCAGCCAGCAUCGCAGGUGAUCAGACGACGUACAACAGGGACAAUACCUCACCAAAUAGUCCUCGCAAAAAGGCCAAGAAAGAGUACGACUCUACAAGCCUCCUCCAUCACAUCGGCACUUCUGCUUCCGUUGUAGAUGAUGAGAUGAUUCAUUUUAGCAACAGCAUUGCCAGGGAUUGCGAUGAUGCCUUCAGCAGUUCACUCAUCGCCUCGCCUUCUGACACUAUGGAUAGAAACCGUCAAAGCCUCACCCCUUUUUCUGUUGACUUCGGUACACCUGCGAUUGAGAGGACACCAGAGCCUAUUUGCGCACCUCGUGCUGGUAUCCAUCCUUGGGAUUCGAGACCGUUACCACCCACGCCUCCGACGGAAGUCACUCCCAGUUCUCAACGCAUCCAAGCUCCUCAAAAAAUCAACACGACCAGUCGCCAUGGCCCAAGUGUCUCUCUCAACGUGGCUCCUUUGGCAACAUCUGCAGGCCAGCGCCGUAUCACGUCUGCACCCGUGUAUGCACAGUAUGCUCGUGAUGCACGCCCUCUUCCAUCAAUUUUCGAGUCACCGAAUGUCCUUAACGGUCAGUCUCGGAUUGUUUCAGCACCACCCAUGAAGACUCCUGCUGCGCUGCCGACUCCUAAUGACAACAGCAACUUGGAUUUCCUUGCCGCCAACGCUGAGCAGACAAUCCGGAUCGUGCAGUCUCCCACAGCGAUGAAGGAAACUGGAUCUUCUAUAAUCCCCAGGCCACUCAACGUGCGCAAGAAAUCUGCAAGUGUUCCGUCUGACACAGUCGAGAGCCACAAGGCAUCGCAAGAGUCGGAUGCUCGAAAGAAGUAUAGUGUCCACGGUUGGAUGCCGGACCUGCCGGAAGAGCCAACGACACAUGGUAGGUCAAGCAGUAAUGGUUCCUCUAUCGGGCCUAGGAAGAAAUUGUCAACGUGGUUUCGACGGAACUCGAGGGCCAACUCAAAUGGCGAUAUGGAUGAGACUACCGAUACUUCCGUGACGAAUGAGGAUCAGGCACGCGAGACCGCAGCAGUAGCCACCAAGCCUCAACGAUUCGAUUCCACCUCGACUGGCGCUGCACCGCCUCCGGUGGCCGCUCAGCCCUCGCGGAAGAAGAGCUUCAUGUUCUGGAAGACGUCGAAGAGCAACAAUCGAAUGUCAAUCGCAGCUCCAGACUACGAAGACGACUCCAAUAGUUUCGAUGCCGCCCAUCACCUCUCCGGAGCCCCAUCAGUGACCCAGGAUGGCUAUGGCGACAAUGCUGAUGUCGUCGCACGGAAGAUCGAGCCCCAGCAGAACUGGCUCGCACGUCUUUUCCGAGUCAAGCCUGCGAUGCGGUACCUUUGCCUACAGAUUUCGCGCCGCCGCGCCCGGCAGGAGGUUACGAUCCUGCUCCGGGAGUGGCGCAAAUGGGGCAUACGAGAUGUUGAAGUUGACAAGGAGCGCAACAUUGUAUUUGCAAGAGUAGGCAAGAAGAACUUCCUGAACAUCAAGGAGGUACACUUCGCUGUAGAAAUCAUCACUGUCAUUGAGCAUGGCAAGCGCACUCACCUCAGCAUCGUCCGUUUCACACAGGAGAAGGGGGCCGCGAGCAGUUUCCACAAGGUGGUCGACACGAUGAACAGCGUCUUCACGAGCCGCGGCCUCCUAGUACAGGACAGCAGAAAGGCCAAGAUGAUGAUAAAGACGCUCAACUCUUGA